GAGAGAGGUUUCAAUCAUGCUAACAUCCAACAACCACCUGCAGGUUCAAAAGGAAAACAUAUUGCUAUGGACUGGCCUACAAGAACUGCUAUUUGCCUAGGUACAGCAAAUGGUCUUGCAUUUCUUCAUGAGGAAACUGAACCGCAUAUCGUCCAUAGGGACAUUAAGGCCAGUAAUGUACUUCUUGAUGGAAACUUGCAGCCUAAAAUUGGGGAUUUUGGGCUGGCAAAAUUAUUUCCAGACAACGUUACCCAUCUUAGUACUCGAGUGGCAGGAACAAU